AUGGAUCAUGGAAUCCUGCUCUUCAGGGAGCUUCUUUCAACUGUUUUUAUCUUCGUGAUAGCCAAAAUAUCCAUUCAUAUACUAACCUCCAAAGUAUCCACUCGCAAGCACAAGCUUCCACCCGGACCAAAAGGAUGGCCAAUCCUAGGGGCUCUUCCGCUUUUAGGUAGCAUGCCACAUGUUGCCCUAGCCGAGAUGGCGAAAAAGUAUGGACCUGUUACAUAUCUCAAUGUUGGCACUUGUGGGAUGGCUGUAGCCUCAUCCCCUGAGGCUGCAGAAGCAUUCCUUAAAACCCUGGAUAUGAACUUUGUAAACCGUCCACCAAAUGCCGGUGCCACCCUUUUAGCCUAUCAUGCUCAAGACCUAGUUUUUGCAGAUUAUGGUCCAAGGUGGAAGUUGUUGCGCAAGUUAAGCAACUUGCAUAUGCUAGGAGGUAAAGCUCUUGAUGGUUGGGCUAGUAUACGAGCCAGUGAAGUCAGGCACAUGCUCCAAGCUAUGAAGGAAUCAAGCGAAAGGGGAAUGCCCGUGGUUGUGGCAGAGAUGUUGGCACAGGCCAUGGCAAACAUGCUGGGGCAAGUCAUUCUUAGCAGAAGGGUUUUUGCUUCAGUAGGUUCAGAAUCUAAUGAGUUUAAAGAGAUGGUGGUUGAGCUCAUGACAAUGGCUGGAUAUUUUAAUAUAGGUGAUUUCAUACCUUCAAUUGCAUGGAUGGAUUUGCAGGGAAUUGAAAGAAGAAUGAAAAGUUUACACAAAAGGUUUGAUGCAUUAUUAACUAAAUUGUUACAAGAGCACAAGACAUCAAUGAACGAGCGAAAGGUCAAGCCAGAUCUUCUUGAUUAUGUGUUGGCAAAUCAAGACAAUUCCGAAGGGGAAAGGUUAAGUACAGACAACAUCAAGGCUCUCCUACUGAACUUGUUCACAGCUGGGGUGGAUACAUCAUCCAGCGCUAUUGAGUGGGCACUGGCAGAGAUGCUACAUAAGCCUAGCAUUUUCAAGAAAGCACAAGACGAGAUGGAUCAAGUCAUCGGAAGAGAUCGAAGGCUUACAGAGGCUGAUAUACCUAAGCUCCCAUAUCUCCAAGCAAUAUGCAAAGAAGCAUUCCGCAAGCACCCAUCUACACCACUUAAUCUUCCCAGAAUUGCAUCUCAGCCAUGCGAAGUAAGUGGAUACUACAUACCAAAAAACACAAGACUCAGUGUCAACAUAUGGGCAAUUGGAAGAGACCCCAAUAUAUGGGAAAAUCCAAUGGAUUUCAAUCCAGAGAGAUUUUUAAAUGGACCAGAUGCAAAAGUUGAAACCCAAGGAAAGGACUUUAAAUUGAUACCUUUUGGGGCAGGAAGACGAAUUUGUGCUGGAUAUAGAAUGGGAAUAGUGAUGGUGGAAUACAUACUGGGAUCAUUGGUGCAUUCAUUUGACUGGAAACUGCCAGCAACGGAAGUUGAAUUGAACAUGGACGAAACUUUUGGACUAGCUUUGCAGAAGGCUGUGCCUCUGCAGGCUAUGGUUUUCCCAAGGCUUUCACUUAAUGCUUAUUCUACAUAAGCAUGCUACUAGUGUUUUACUAAAUGCUUUCCCUAAAUGCUUAUGCUGCAUAACCUUGCUUCUGCGCUUUCAAUUCCUAGUGUGUGACAAUAAAAUUUCAGUUAUUUUACUUGAGCAAAUUUACCCAGCUUGAUCAUCAGUUAGCCUGAAUUUGGCAUUUCAGAAGAGGAAAAGCAAAUUAUCUAGUUUGAGACAAUGCUAUACAAAUGGCAAAUUUCUUCUGGUGUUUCUAGUUUUCGAAUCAUAGGCAGGCAAUAGCAUACAAACUAUUCAUUGUAUGAGAACAGAAACUAGAAAGACAGAUAGAAUAGCCUAAUAUGAAUAAACCAGGAAAGAGGAGAAUGAAUAACCAGUUUUCAAGACAUCAGUGCAUCAUGUUUUACAAGAACAAACGCAGAGCAAAUAUUGAUUAAAAAAAUUGACAUUGUAACAGGGCAUUUGAAUUGCAAAAAGUUAUGCAUCUCCUGUGGGCAUUGCAAUUGAAUAAGAAUCCACAACAUUAUGAUUGUAUAUCACUUUAUGUAAAACUGUGAGAACUUACUCUCGCCAAGAACGGUCCGUGUUUGUAUUCUUUUAAUCCUCCAAAGCCAUCACUUCAAGCUAUCUUAAUUCUCAUCGUCCAAAUCUGCUUCUCGUGGAUAUCUCUUAUUCCAAACUGAUCCACAACCACAUGUUAAUGUGCAUCUAGUAACAUGAGACUGGUGUACACAAAUAUGCGACUUUGGGGUCAGAUAGCAAUACAUAGGCAGCAAACACAUAAGGUAACUGUAAAUGCUAAAAAACAUUACCAUGUACAACCACACAGUUUCCACUUACGAAAUUCCACAGAAUGAAAAUACCUAUUAUGAAUCAUAGUGACGCACAAAGUAAGAUUUUGGUGUUUCUUCGCGCCCACGCUAAGAGGCUUAUCUUAUCAUAACUCUGCAUAUAAGCACUUGGUGUAUAUUAAGCAUACCAAUAGCAUUUUUAUGAGAAAAGGAAUAUAAGUUUAAUAAUGCAAAGGCAAACGCAAAGUUGCAGAACUGAAUUGGUUAUAAUUAGUCCAAGGUAAUGCUGCUUUCACAUGAUUGAUGACAUCUGGUUUUCCUAGAAAGCCAUCAUCUUUAUUCAUUCCAUUUGAAAGUCCAGAACAAAAGCGUAUAUACAAGGUAUCUUGAGUAAAUGCUGAAAUAAAAUGGAAAAAACUCCUCCAUUAAUCUGUUGAUGCUUAGUCAAAGCCACAAUAGAAACAGAUUUUGCAUUUACCUUGUGAGGAAAGAAUCAUCUAAUAAGUGUAAACAACAAAUUCUACAUGACAUUUUCUAAGGUCUGAGUCAAACGGUAUCUACUUCAUUAUCUUUCAUGAGAAUAUAUUGUUUGCCUUAACUGUUCCCAGACUUCAAAGCCUUCAGGGCGCCGUUGAACAUAAUUCUCGAUGAAAAAUUUAUCUCCACAUGAUACCAAAGUGCUCAGUGCCAAAUUGGGAUCAGCUGCACCCUGAUCCUUUAGCCAAUUAUACAUUGCAAGCCUAUGUUUGACCCUUUGUAUCUUGUAGGACGUAAACGUCGGAAAUGACAGUAAAACAGAAACAGGAUAACCCAUAUCCUUUACAAGAAACUCAAUCUUUCUUUCAAGUACUCCCUUUGAUAAAUUAAGGAUUUGGGGAGCUACUUUGAGCAUAUCUACAACGUCCUUCGGGUUCAACCCGGCACGUACGAAAGUGUCAAACCUCUCUUGAAGAUUCGCUCCUUUACCUCGAAAGCAUUUGACCGCUCUCUUCAAUUCUACUGAAUUUUCAUCAAAUCCAAGGUCCAAAAAAAAUUUGGUUUUCAUCAUCUGCGAUCCUGUCUCUGGUUCGUACUUUCGUGAUUUUGGAUUUUUCUUACGAAUGAGCCAAUUCUUAAUAACUUCAGGGUUCUCCUUAACUACUUCACAUAACCAUUCCUUUUCGACAUUCAUGGUAGCAAGUAAGUUGUUCGUUCUCUUUGUAGCACUUGAACCAAGCAAUGUAGCAUUUGAACAAAUGACAUCUCCAAUAUCUGGGACAUCCAUUUCGAUUUGAACAAGAAAUCUAUAUGAAUGCUGCAAAUUCUCGAGAAACUUCCCAACAAGAAUUUCAGGGAACUGCAGGAAAAUAGCACAUAUCUCAUCUGGGGUUGAUCCAAAUUUCGUUAAGAACCCUAUGAGUAAUAAAGUCGUGGCUCCUGAUUUCUCAAAUACAAGGUCUGGGCGACACUGAACUAAACCUCCCAACUGCUCCGGACUGCACCCAAUCUCACCAAGCAAACGCAAAACCUCAAGAAUCAAGCUCCAAUUGUAUGAAUUCCCCUCCAACAAGUGCUUCUCAAUCCAAUCAUUUACAUUACCAACACCUUUCAACCUCUCUAGUAUAUCCAGAAAAUCCACAUAUGCGUUUCCAACCAAAAGACGAGGACUGGAAGCAACAACCUUAAUGACAAUAGACUGUCUAAGACCCAUCUUCUCAAACGACUGAAGUUUUUCCAGCAGGAACCUUUCACCAUACCUAAAAAUCUCAGGAGCUUCCUUAUAAAAAUUCCCAAUCUUAUUCCGGGAGAUUCCAUAGUUACACAAUACAUGAUAGUUAUUCAUCAAAACAGGAUCAUCAUUCAAAAAAAUCAGCUGCCUGGGAAGUAACGAUGAAUACUCACAGGGCUUCAAACCCAUACUCUCAAAAAAAGGCUCGAAUUCGUUAAUGGGAUGGUACCUCAAGAACCUGGCGACUGCCCUUCGGAUAUCAGCCUGAUUAUUACUAGUAUUUUCCACUUUCGUCAACAAUUUUCCGAGAAAAGCAGGCGAGUUCUCGCUUAUAUUUUCAGCAUCGGUAAAAAGCAAACUCCUAGUAGAAUGCAAGUAAUCCAACAAAGCAGCCUGCGCUUCUCUUCUAACUACCAGUGGAAUCUGGAGCGGCGCAUCAUCACUUGAUGACUUAUUCCACCCUUUGGUUCCAUACAACCUAAAAUCUCUUAAGGCACUCUGACAACACGACCCAUUUGCCCAAAGGUUGGUUCUUGAUAACCUAAAGUUGCAGUUGACAAAAUCCAGAGAAACCCAUUUGGAAACAAAGAGAUUCCUAAGCUUAUCGAAGUGGGCCAUGGCUAGUUUAGCUGGUGGUGUGAAGUUAGCAACGAUAAUCCGCAAAUAAGACUGAAAAAGACUGCAGUUUUACCCAACAAGGCAUAAAAUAGAGAGGCAUGUUUUAGUGGGUAAUUGCUAUUGUUUUGAGAAAUAUAGUGCUUACCUGAAGAUAGCAUAUCAUGGGAGUUUGAUUGAAUUGGUUGUGGCAGCCAUUAAAGGUUGAAGGACGCCAAUUUUCAGAGACGGAGGAGCAGAGCAAUGGGAGUUUUACUAUAGUGAGGGUUUUGGGUUUAGGCGAAGAGGAAACGACUGGGGAACUAAUACGCGGGGAUUUUAGUCAAUACACAAGUGAACUUUUUCUUUUCUUUUCUUUUUUUUUUUUGAGAAUCAACACUGCAGGAAAAAAUGCCCAAGUACAACUGCGCCAGUGAAGAUUUAAGUGAGUAAUCACUAUUAGAAUUGGACCGAAUUAGUGUAGUAUAAGUGAAAACCAGAGUAAUUCCAGAUGCAUACUUCUUGUCUCUUGAGAGGCUCUCUGAGGUCCAAUCUGUUGGUUCUCCCAUCUUCCUCAUGUCCGGUGCUCAUAUUGGCAUAUUUAUA